GCCCCGUUCACUAUGAUGUUAGAAACAAGCUUUCACCGAACUUGAUUUUUAUGAAAACUGUUUUCUGUAUAUAGACAAUUCCUUUUUGUUGUAGAUGACUAUCAUUCAGAAUUGUUACAGUGAUACAGUACAGUGUUAUGAACUUUCAGAAACUGGUUUCGCUAUCAACUCAUGAAUAUCCGUUACUUUUAAUUACCGGAUUGUUUCAACCAAAUUUGACGACCAUCAUCCCCGACAGAUUUAUUCAGUUGUGUGUUUCCGGUAUUCGCUUAUAGUUUGUUUAGGAAAGAGUCAGUUCUUGUGUACAUUGUUUUAUUGAUCAAGAUACUCCGUAAGAUGACGAGUCUCUUCUACAUCUGUAUCGUUCCAUUAGUUUGUGUUUUCGUCCAUGGUGACAUUCCAGAUCACACAUGUUUCACUGCAGAACCUAUUCGCUCUCUAGAUGGAACCGACGAUGGUGGGGUGAUUGGUAGCUAUGUAGGAUAUGUAGAGGACAAUGCGCUCCUCAACACAACGUUUGGCAGAGUAGUUGAUACUGGUAGUGGUGAUGAUUUGAUGUCUGGAAAUGAAGGCAUAGAGCUUUCUCUAUCCUAUUCAGAUAAACGUUCUGUUGUGCGUCAGUACUUGUCAGUCGAGCCUGGAAGUCACAGAGUUGGUGCAUUCUUUUGCAAGUCAGUGCAUUUGUAUGAUGAUCCAUCAUAUAUUCCUUCAAUUAUACUAGCGAGGGAAGCAUAUAUAAAACCUGAAAAGCGAACUCAAACAGUAAGCUUUGGAGAAACAGUGACAUUAAACAUGACUUUGGUCGAUGGUAAUGUGACCGAUUUGCGAUGGAGGCGGAAUGAGAAUAUAAUUAAGAGUUGGUCGGGAAUGGUUAACGUUACAAUUGAGGAAGUUAAAAAGGCUGAUGCUGGAAUCUAUGAAUGUUAUUUAAAAAACAGAAGAAAUGAGGGCAAACAUGCUAUCAUGAGGCUCAUUGUACGAGGUUGUUCAGCUGCUCGUUGGGGACCAGAUUGUCAAAACGUGUGUCCUGCUUGCUAUAAUGGGGGAGUGUGUGAUGAUGUCACCGGAUUAUGCGUUUGUCCCCCAGGAUUCAAUACAACUGAUUGUAGUUUUGGCUGUGGAAACAACAGGUGGGGAAGAAACUGCUCAAUUGUGUGUAAUUCUAGAAAUCCUGGUUGUCUUGGAAAGUUAGCGUGUGUUCCAGAUCCACUAGGAUGUUCUUGUAUGGCUGGAUAUGGUGGUCUUAACUGCAAAAAGGGAUGUGAUGAAAUGGGGAAAUAUGGAUCAACAUGCAGUGAGGAAUGCCACUGUGCAGAUGGUGUAGUAUGCGAUCCAAGUAUUGGAUGUCCAAAUGGACCAUGUGAAGAUGGUUAUCAUGGGAAAAACUGUCAAGUUCCUGACAUAUGUCCUGAUGGAAGGUAUGGGAAACUGUGUGCGUACUACUGUCACUGUGAAGAUGAUGAGCCAUGUAAUAGAAUUACUGGAAGUUGUGGAGAAAGGAAGUGCAAACAUUUGUGGAUAGGGAAUGAUUGUCAACUAGAAGCUCCUGCGGGGCCAAAGGAUAUACAGGCAAUAAUAAGCCAAAACGCAACAAACGAUAUUCAAGGAGAAAUUGAUGUCCGCUUUGGUAUACAGACAGGAGGAAUAAUUAUACAUUACAAGGUACAAAUCAUUGAUGGAGACGGGCAUGUAAUUGGAAAUACCAUCACAGUUGGUGUGUCACCUGCAACCGUAACAGGUGGAUUCCCUUGUGAAUCUGUAACACCACAAGUGGCAGCAUGCACAUCAACAGGAUGUGGUUUAUUUGCAAGUGGUCCCAACAUUACGAUGAAUCCUGCAGUCCCAGAGAGCGUAGAAAAUAUCACCGUCCUUGAAUCUACCUUGGUAUGGGACAGACCUUCGACAUGUGACAUUUUAAAAUACCACAUUCAAGCAAAUUUGAUUGAAAUGGAUCAUUGUCAACAAGUUGAUAGAAAUGAAUAUUUUACAGUAGAAGAUGCUGAAGUAAAUUUGUUAAUUUUGGAGCCAUAUUCAAGGUAUCGCGUCACUAUCAGCGCUGAAACAAGUGCAGGACUUGGCCCGGAAUCUGCUCUUGAAUUUAUAACUCCUCAGAAAGUUCCUAAACAUGGUCCAAAAGAAGUUAAUGUUACCGCUGUGUCAGCCACAGCAGCCAGCUUUGCAUGGUCUCAAGUAGAGUGUGGUUAUAGAAGAGGUCUAGUCAUAGGCUACAAAUUCAGCUUGCAAAAUGCAGAUGGCCACGAACUUUUCAGUAACGUUGUGACAAGUGAGCUUCAGUGCGUAGUUGACGACCUUAAGCCAUUUACUGAAUACGCUUUCAGUGUAAAGGCUUUCAAUUCUAAGGGUGAUGGAAUAAGCAAAGUAUUACAUAUAACAACAGACGAAUCAAGUAAUAUUGCAUUAUCCGUACCUGGUUACAUGUUAGUGGGAGUAGGUAUUCUUUGUGUCGUCAUCCUGGUGAUGUAUCCAGCACUCAUCUUCUGUUGCAGAUUCUAUAAUUCUAAGAAGAAAAACAAGACGGAGCAUUCCAAGGUGAUAAAGUUGGAAUCACUUUGUGAGGAUUCAGAUUAUGAAGAGUUACACACGUACAUGUCAAUUGAGGAUAUACACAAUAACCUGCAGUAGCAGAUUUCUAAAUGCCAGGCCUAAAUGUUCUACUAAUCUGAGAAGAACAAGAUAAUUGAUAUCAAGUCUUACCAUGAAGUUCUGGUGAUUACCCAUGUUGGUAGAAUAAUACAGAAAUUAAGUUUGUCAUUUUUCUGGUCAAUGAAAAUAUUUGGAAUUCUUGUUUUUAUGGUUUUUUAUAUGUAAAACGAUAUAAAUCCAUUGUAGAUUUAUAUAUAAAUAUAUAUACAUUUAUAUAUAUAUAUAUAUAUAUAUAUAUAUAUAUUGCUGCUCGCUUCUUUUCAAAUACAUUCAUUUUUGUAGCAUAUAUCUGAUACUAUUUUACUCGUUAUUUAUUGUAUGUAUUGUCAUAUCAUAUUAGAUAUGCAGGAAAUAACAACUCGACCCUAAAUGAACCUACCAACGUAGAGUGCAUAAAACCACAACAUUCCUAAGAUGUAUAAUCAUAGUGACUAUUAAACAUACAUCAUUUUAUCCUUCGAACAGUUAACAGUGUAAAACCAAGGAUCCAAUAAAGGCUUAUAGUAGUAUAGAAAAUACUACAGUUGUAUUUGUAUCAUCAUUGUGUUUCAACAGUAAAUAUCUUAGAAGAAGAUAUUACAUGGUGGCAGCGGUGGGAUAGUAAAGUAACUUCAACAAACUUCAACAACCUUUGUGAGGUAAAUUGCUUAAAUGAACAUUGUAUUUGUUGUGUGUGAACAAAGCAAAGAUGGCUGAUAAACAACCUUUCAUGGAUUGGAACUCGCCAAAUAUGGGAGACACUUUUCGAAUGUUCAAGCGCCGCACUGAAUUGUAUUUUAAAGUAAAAAAUAUCGCAGCAGACGAAAGGAUAAACCACCUACUAUUGAUGGUGGGUGAAGAAGGCUUAAAACGUUAUGAUUCGUGGGGAUUAACUGUUACAUGGCGAAAAUAUGAGGAACAAAUAGAACCGCAAACCAAUUUUCGCGUUUCAAGGAUGUAUCUCCAAAAAUUAAAACAAGAACCGGGUGUACCAAUUGACAAUUAUAUAACUAAACUUAAAUUUCAUGCAGCAAAAUGUGCAUUAGCCGAUGCAGAAAAGGAUAGUAGAAUUAUUGAACAAAUGACAAUUGGAACAAUCUUCAAAGACCUCCAAAAGGAGUUGCUUACUAAAAAUAUCGAAUAUACCUUAGAUGAGGCUAUCACUCUUGCAAGAGGACAUGAAGCUUCACUUUUGCAUCACAAGCAACUUAAUGACUUUCAGUCAAAUAACCCAUCUGCAAAAAUUAGCCACAUGACCCAAAAUAAGCAUGAUAAAUGCAAGAAAUGUGGGUGUAUACACCCUCCCCGAGACUGCCCUGCAUAUGGCACAACGUGUUGGAAAUGUGAAAAAAUGAACCACUGGGCAACAAUGUGCAGAUCAACUAACUAUCCUAAUCAACAUGAUCAGGACCAUUACAGUCAUAACAAAAAGCAUUACAAUGCAAAACAAAGGCCUAAAUUGAAAAGUCGGGGAACUGGAAAAUUGAAAAAUAGGAGUGGAGUACAUGCAGUAAUAUAUGAUUCUGAUGAUGAUCUCGAUGUGUUAGAACAACAUAUAGAACAAUUAUCAUUCAACGUGGUACACAUUAACAGUGCCACGUCUACCGAGAAAUUCACCAAACUGGAUAUACAGCUACCAGGUAUACAAAACGUCAAAGCAGAUUUGACAGUAAAAGUCGACACUGGGGCUGAGGGGAAUACACUGCCCUUGAGGACCCAAAUCAUGUAAAAAAUGACGGACUU